CAGGGUGAAAAUUGCAAAAGACACACACCCUUUCUUCUCCCAAGGCCUCUCCAGCGCUCCAGGCAACAGCGGCGGCGAUGGCGGCGAUGGCGACGUCGGCGAGCACGUCCGGCGAGUGGCUGAAGGGUGCGCUGCAGGAACUGAGGGGUCAGAAGGGGAGCACUCUGGAUCUCGACGCCGAUCUCAUCUCGGGCCUCGUCUCCUUCUGCGAGCUCGCGCCUCCACCCGACGCCGCCGACUACCUCGCGAAUAUUGUCGGAGUAGAAGCUGCAGAGGACCUCAUUCAGGAGUAUUUGCAGAGGAGGGGCUACAUUGAUCCCUCGAAAGGAACUGAAAGCUUGCAGUCAUCUAACCUUCAGCCUUAUCUAAAGCCAUCUGCUGAUGCAGCAACUGCCCAAGCAAAGAAUCAAACACGUACACAAAAAGAUCCAGCAUCUUCUUCUAGUCAGGGUUCUAAGAGUCAGUCAGAUACUGCAGAGCCCCGAGUUGCCUCCAAGAAAGGUGCAAAAAAGAAGGGAGGAAAGGUCAUCUCUCUUGCCGAGGCAGCAAAGGGUUCUAUUGUCUUCAAGCAGGGGAAACCUUGUUCAUGCCAAGCACGCCAGCACAAUCUUAUUAGCAACUGUUUAUCAUGUGGCAAAAUUGUGUGUGAACAAGAGGGCGAGGGACCCUGUAGUUUCUGUGGUGCACUUGUCUUAAUGGAAGGUAGUACAUAUGCUGGUUUAAGUGAUGUUGGAGUUCCUAGUUCAGAAACAGAAGCUGCAGCUGAAGCUUAUGCAAAGAGACUUGUUGACUAUGAUAGAAACUCUGCAGCAAGGACAAAAGUUUAUGAUGAUCAAAGUGACUAUUUUGAAAUGGAAGGAAAUAGUUGGCUCUCAUCGAAGGAGAAGUCAGACUUAAAGAAGGUGCACGAGGAAGCUCAGGAUGCAGCUGAUAAACAAAAAGGGAAAGUGGUUGUCACAUUUGAUCUGGUCGGCCGUAAGGUAAUUUUGAACAAGGAUGAAGCCGGUGAGUUGGAAUCUGAUCAAGGGAUCAUGAGACCAGCAGAGGAAAAGGAUCAGAUGCACCGCAUACAGCCCAACCCCACGAUCAGAGAUCAGCCAGUGUUCAUUGAAACAGGACCAGUGAAGCCGAGAACCGACAGAGUAAAACAGAGCAAGAAACUUGCGCAGAAUGGCUUGUGCCUGGAGGUAACUGGAAGGGUGCAGCACGAUGACAAGGACUCCCAGAGCUUUCUUGGUGGCAAAACGAAGAAGGGUGAUCACCUUACCUACAGUUCCUUCGGUCAAGUUCGUGAAGGUGAUGACUAUGAGUGCUCCCUUGAUUUUGAUUGAGUUUUACUUGUGGGUUGUGAUGGUCACUGGGUAAGUAUCCCAUUUUUCAAAGGAUUAGAGCAACUGUAAAAAUGUUAUGACCCUAAAUGAAGAGAUAUUGCACCUGUUUACCUUGUUCCCAAGUUGAGAGUGUUGGUGGUUACUGAGCAUUGUUCAUACAGUUUUGUAUUAAAAAGCUGAAAAUGGCAUUUCUGAGAACCAGCAA